CACCUUCCGGCAACAUCUCUUCACCUCAGCCGACCCCUUAGUUCCUGUUUGCUUCCGUCAUGUCCACGGCCUCUACGAGAAUGCGUUCAACACGUGUACCAAAUCCACUCCGCCUUCGGUUGCUUAGCUGCUGCUGGCCGCGCCAAUGACUGCGUCGACUUGCUGUUGCUCUCACCACCAAUGAGACAAUCUCUGCAACUCCUGGCUCCAUCGUGUCGCACAAGGACAAGUAUUGGAUUUGUCUGGAUUUGCUUGCUAGUGCUAGCUUGUCGCAUGAACCGCUGCCAACUGGCGCCCUUACCCAUCACUCGGAAACACAGGAACAAACGGGUACGCGCUCAUCGCCUGUCCAUUGGUUGUGAACAGGAGACAACAGAUGUUCUGGAUGGUCUUGUUGGCACGAAAAAGGCUGGGGUGCCCAUGAUAAUCGAGGCCAAUUCAGGGGCACGCCAGCCUCGAGUAUUUACAGAGUCGCUUGACUUUGCUUUUUUCUUACCAAACCGUUCUCCGGGCGCCUCACCCGUUCUCUAUGACUGCCGAUUACGGGUAAAAUCUAUGUCAUCUCAUCGAGUGAUGCCAAAUGGCAUACAGCCAGCGCAAAAGCUGGGCUGCAUGGUUGUAUGAUUGCUGAUUGGCUUCCCCAACAUGAUAGCCAUUACGGAUGGGAUCCCAAUGGCCCAUCGCGAUGAGUUUUGACCUAAACCUGCCCGAGGCCACUUCUCCAAAACCACUCAGACCCUCUCCUUCUCGCAGGAUUCUUUAGUCCAUUUCAAGUGAUUGGAUUUGCUGUCACCUUACGAUAUAUACUUGUUGGCACAUAGCGCUUUAGCCGGC